AUGCAUCGGGAUGAGGACCUCGGCCGCCGUGAUGACAUCUACUCGCUGCUGUUCAUGUUCAUCGAGCUGCACUCGGGGUUACCGUGGCAGGAGGACAAAAACAAGGACGACAUCUCGUCGAAGAAGCUCUACUUCGAGGAGCACCCCGGCGAGCUCGCCAAGUUUUUGCCAGCCGAACUCGACGGCAACUUCCAAGCGCUGCGCCUGUUGACGUUCUACUCGCGCCCAAACUACCGUACCGUCUACGAGGGGCUGCUCGCCAUCAUGAAGAGAUGUCGCGUGAAGAUGACGGAUCGCUACGAUUUCGAGACGGAGGCCGAGCACGCCGCCUGGGUGAAGGGCGGCGCGAAGCGGUGCCAAUGCGAGGAGCAGCUGAAGCUGAUGGACCACGACCCGAUCCGGAUCCACGGCCCGCCACCACUCACCGCCGACAAUGCCGAUGAGCCCGGGCCGACGCGUGAGGACCUGAAGUUUGCCCCGUCGCCGCGCUCGUCGAAAUACCAGGAGCAGUCGCGCAGCGGCAACAAAAGCAAAAAGAGCAAGAAGAGCAUCAAGCAGAAGAAGCGC